AUGGGUGGUGCAGGAUAUGAUGGGGACACAAGCCCGGCAGGUGGCCGGGAGCAACCAGGCCAGUACCACUUGCUCAAGGAACAUGAAAACACCUCUCCAAGCAGCCCAAGCACUGAUGAACUGGAUUUAAAAAACACUGGAGCAAUCCCCAAACAGUUUUCUUUUAAGCAGACCCCACAACAGCAGUCACAAAAUGUCUCCAGCAGUCCUUCAGAUGAGGGUCCAUUCAAUGCGUCUCCUGACCCUCCAGAUCCUGAAACACUGCGCAGGAACAUCAUUGAAAUCUUAGAUGACAAUAAUGAAUUCCCUGAAAAGAUGCGCAAAUUAAAAGCUGUUGUACAACCAACAAAGAGAAGUUAUUCACGGAAUGAUGAUCAGAGCAAAGAUGGCCGACUCAAAGAACCCACGGUCAUGAAGGAUAAGGCAACAUCACCAGCUGAGUUGGGUGGGGCUGUGGGUGGUGCUCCUCUUCCAGAAGAUGGAGAUACGCGUUCUACAGAUUCAAAAUCACUCACUCCCACUGAGGUAUCAGCACUGUUACCUCUCAGAGACUUUUUUUACAAAGAUGAUCAAAAAGCAAGGCGGCGUUACCGCCGGGAGCACGGACGCGUUGCAGCCAGACGUGCUCCCCGUAGAAAUUCCCCACCUCUGACUGCCCUAUCCAACAUGAUUGUUGGAUCUGGUGGUCACUUGGCUUCCUCUCAUGAUGAUACCACAGAGGGAGCGAUGCAUUAUUUUCAGGAUGAACUUGGUAACUGGUUCACCUACACAUUUGGUGAGAAUAGUUCUGGUGUAGCACAGGGAGUCUUGGAUACUGAAGAGAAAUGGAUAGACAUGAUGAAGUCUACUGAUAAAGGUUUCAGGGAAAGUUCCUCCAGCAGUGGUUCAGCGUCUCCAGUAAUAAUUGAUCCCUCACCGAAGGCUGAUGAUCGGCCCAGCACAUUUCGGCCGACAUCUCUGGAUUUUGAAUCGAGUAUGCGUACAAUGCAAACUUUCUACCCUUGGCAACUAAGCCAAAUGGGUCAGUUAGGGACGUCACAAUCGGGAUUAGUAGAAUCCUAUGCAAUGCCGAGCACAGGUGAUCUUUCAGACAGUCAAUCCGUCACGGAGGCCUCUUCUUAUCACAAGUCUCCGGAUAAGCCGAAACAGUUUUACAAAUUCUGGUUAUUUCCAAACAAAUAUGUCAAAAUACAUUUUGAUAGGUUAGCGUUAUUAGCACUAUUAGAUAGGAAUCUGACCCUUGGUGAGAAUCUGGUUGCUGUGCUUAUGGCAGUGGCGGUCAGUUCUCUUGGAGCACUUAUACUUUCGUCUCAUUUCUAUCAGGACUUUUACAUUUUCCUCUUCUGCUUCAUCUUGGCAAGCUGUCAGUAUUCUUUGCUCAAGAGUGUACAGCCAGAUGCUGCAUCACCUAUGCAUGGCUACAAUCGUUUAAUAGUGUUCAGCCGUCCAUUCUACUUCUGUUUGUGUUGUGGCCUUUUGAAGUUACUCGACUAUGCAACCCACAAUGUGUCCUCCACGGCCUUCAUUAUCUAUGGUUUCCCAUUCACUGCAUCCGCAUCUUUGGAAUUUGCUAAAGAAAUCAUGAAAGUUUUUAUCUUGCUGUUCCCGGUGCUGUUCACAGUAGGCCUGCUACCCCAGGUGAAGACGUUCAUCAUGUACAUAUUGGAACAGACAGAUAUGCAUAUCUUUGGUGGCAAUGCCACAACCAGUUUGGGUGCUGCUGUCUACUCUGUUACGCGAAGUGUGAUAGCCGUGGCCCUCCUCUACUUCUUCUGUUAUUAUGCCAUGCAGCAAAAGGAGAACUCUCAACAUGUUAUGUUUUCAAUAUUUUGUGCUCUGCUGGUGGCUAUUUCUUACCAUCUGAGCAGGUCGGCCAGUGAUCCAGGCGUUCUGUUUUCCCUCAUAAAAGAUUUGAUUUGUGGAAAAAGUGCUAACCAACCAGAAGAACCAGGGGAAAAUGAACUUAUUGACCCCUUGCCAGAUAAACUCAAAAAAUGCGUGAGUGACCGGUUACAGUCUGAUCUUUUAGUGUGUAUAUUAUUUGCAGUCAUCAUGUUUGCAGUUCAUGUUAGCACUGUCUUCAGCAGUCCUGUCUUGCAGCCGUACCUCAGUGAUGUGCUGUGUUACUUGGCUGCAAUUGUUGGCUUCAUCAUCCACUACAUCAUCCCGCAACUGCGUAAGGAGAUGCCAUGGUUGUGUUGCUAUGAUCCCAUCCUUCCAAGUUAUAAAGAGAAGCACUUGGAAGCUGAUGAGCCGGCCCCAGUUAUGUGUUUUGAGAAGUUGUACAUAUGGUUACGGUUUAUCGAGAGGAACAUUAUAUACCCAGUCGUCUUUCUCUGUGCCUUAACACUAUCCGCCCCAGCCAUAGUGAAAAAAUUUGGUCUUCAUUUUGGUUCGGUGAUUGUGGUCGUGUGUGGACUCAAGCUGCUGAGAUUUUCCUUCUCUGAUACCCUCAAACAACACAUGAUCCUGGCUUUCACCGUUUUGUUCUUCAAGUAUGACUACAAGGCAGCGACUGAAACAUUCCUUUUAGAUUUCUUCGUCAUGUCUAUUCUUUUUUGCAAAUUCUGUGAUCUCCUGCUGAAAUUAAAGUUUAUCUUCACUUACAUUGCUCCCUGGCAGAUUACCUGGGGUUCAGCCUUUCAUGCAUUUGCUCAGCCAUUCAGUGUACCUCAUUCAGCUAUGCUGUUCGUUCAGACAGCAGUCUCAGCAAUUUUUUCCACACCACUCAAUCCAUUCCUCGGGAGUGCCAUCUUCAUUACAUCUUAUGUCCGACCGGUCAAGUUUUGGGAGAGAGAUUACAACACAAAGAGAGUUGACCACAGUAACACUUGCCUUGCCUCCCAAUUGGAGAGAAAUCCAGAUGAUAACAACUUGAAUUCAAUCUUCUACGAGCACCUUACCCGCUCCCUGCAGCACAGUCUGUGUGGAGAUGUCAUGUUGGGGCGCUGGGGAAAUUACUGUCAGGGCGACUGCUUCAUUAUGGCCUCUGAUUACCUCAACGCACUGGUACAUAUCAUUGAGACGGGCAACGGUUUGCUCACCUUCCAGCUACGAGGAUUAGAGUUUAGAGGAACAUACUGCCAACAGAGAGAAGUAGAAGCCAUCACAGAAGAAGUAGACAAUGAUGAAGGUUUCUGCUGCUGUGAAUUGGGCCACUUGCCCCAUUUUCUCUCUUUAAAUGCAGCCUUUAAUCAGCGUUGGUUGGCCUGGGAAGUGGUUGUCACCAACUACAUCCUCCAGGGAUACAGCAUCACUGACAACAGUGCUGCUACCAUGCUGCAAGUGUUUGAUCUCCGAAAGCUGCUUAUCAACUACUACAUUAAGAGCAUAAUCUACUAUACAGUCCGGUCUCCACGCCUUGACCAGUGGACCCAGAAUGAAGAGCUGCUGGCAGCCUUGGCUCCCCUGCAGAGCAAGGACUAUGUGGAUCUGGACCCUACAUUCAACUCUCAUGUUGAUGAUGAUUACGACACCCGACUCUUGGGCAUCACAAGAAACAGUUUUUGUAAUGUUUACUUCAACUGGAUACAGUUUUGUGCAGCACGCAGAGAAAAAUCUGUGGACAGUGGAAGAGAUUCUUUUUUGGUUUCCCUGUGCUAUGGUCUCAGUCUGCUGGGAAGACGAGCAUUGGGCACUGCCUCUCAUAACAGUGCCUCAGCCAGACGAGCAUUGGGCACUGCCUCUCAUAACAGUGCCUCAGCCAGUGUGGACUAUUUCUUAUUUGGUCUCCAUGCGUUAUUCAAAGGGGAUUUUAGAGUCACUUCAUCCCGUGACGAAUGGGUUGUAAAGGAUAUUGAAUUGCUACGACGAGUGGUUGCGCCUGCUUUAAGAAUGUCACUCAAGUUACACCAGGACCAUUUUGCUUCUUCCGAUGAGUAUGAUGAUCUCCAGGUUUUAUACAAUGCCAUCAGUAAUUAUGAGAAAAAUAUGGUGAUAUCCCAUGAAGCUGACCCAGCAUGGCGUAAUGCAGUACUAUCCAACACAGAUUCCUUAUUAGCCCUCAGGCAUGUCUUUGACGAAGGUUCAGAUGAAUACAAAAUCAUCAUGCUCAAUAAGAGAUACCUUUCGUUCAGAGUAGUCAAGGUAAAUCGUGAAUGUGUUCGAGGUUUGUGGGCUGGCCAACAACAAGAAUUAAUAUUUCUUCGGAACCGUAACCCUGAACGGGGGAGCAUUCAAAAUGCCAAGCAGGCCCUCCGUAACAUGAUCAACUCAUCAUGUGACCAACCAAUUGGUUAUCCUAUCUAUGUAUCACCACUGACUACUUCAUAUUGUUCAACUCAUGAACAGUUAGCAGGCAUUAUAGGUGGGGAAUUUGUCCUUGCCAACGUCAAAGCUUUCUUCAAGAAUUUAUGGACUCGAAUGCGGCGUCACUGUGGAGCCAGCUGUGCUGGGAGAAGUUCAGGAUUCCAGGAAGAGACGACAUACACAGGCACAUGCACGCAUGCAGCUGCCGCUACACAACUCGUUGAUUAUAUAUUGGGAUCUUUUCCCCUUUUCUUCUCUUUCUUCGAUUUUCUAUCUUUCCUCAAUUUUUCUCUGUUACCCCAUCUUUUCCCCUCUUUCCCCAUUCCUUGUCUAUUUCUUUCUCUCUCACUCUCUCCUUUCUCUCUCACUCUCUCCUUUCUCUCUCACUCUCUCCUUUCUCUCUCACUCUCUCCUUUCUUUCUCACUCUCUUUCUCACUCUCUUUCUCACUCUCUUUCUCACUCUCUUUCUUUCUCUCUUUCUUUUCUCUUUCUUUCUCUCUCUUUCUUUCUCUCUUUUCUUUUCUCUCUCUCUUUCUUUCUCUCUCUCUUUCUUUCUCUCUCUCUUUCUUUCUCUCUUUCUUUCUUUCUCUCUUUCUUUCUUUCUCUCUUUCUUUCUUUCUCUCUUUCUUUCUCUCUUUCUUUCUUUCUUUUCUUUCUUUCUUUCUCUCUUUCUUUCUUUCUUUCUUUCUCUCUUUCUUUCUUUCUUUCUUUCUUUCUUUCUCUCUUUCUCUCUUUCUUUCUUUUCUCUCUUUCUCUCUCUUUCUCUCUUUCUCUCUUUCUCUUUCUUUCUCUCUUUCUCUUUCUUUCUCUCUUUCUCUUUCUCUCUCUUUCUCUUUCUUUCUCUCUUUCUCUCUUUCUCUUUCUUUCUCUCUUUCUCUUUCUUUCUCUUUCUUUCUCUCUUUCUCUUUCUUUCUCUUUCUUUCUCUCUUUCUUUUUCUUUCUCUUUCUUUCUCUCUUUUCUCCCCUUUCUCUUUCUUUCUCUCUUUUCUCCCCUUUCUUUUCUUUCUCUUUUCUUUCUCUUUCUUUCUCUUUCUUUCUUUCUUUUCUUUUCUUUCUCUUUCUUUCUCUUUUCUUUCUUUUCUUUCUUUUUUCUUUCUUUUCUUUCUCUUUCUUUUCUUUUCUUUCUUUUCUUUCUCUUUCUUUCUCUCUUUUUCUCUCUUUCUUUCUCUUUUCUUUCUUCUUUUUUCUCUUUCUUUCUUUUUCUUUCUGUUUCUCUUUUCACUUUUUCUUUCCUCUGUCUUUCUCUCUUUCUACCCAACGUCAGUUAA